AUGGAGAGCUUCGACGACGUGACACUGAUAGGACCCGUGUCUGACCCUUCUAUUCUUGACGAUCACCUUCCAACGACCAGCAACGAUGGCAAGCCUAGGAAAUCCACUGAAGUGGAACCGGUCGAACCAGGCACUCCCACCUCCGAUCGCUCGAUAAACGGGGCCCGCGCCCAGAUCCAAACAGCUACAAACGAGCUAGCCGGAGAGCCUGCAAUCUCGUCUGACUUUCCCCCCGAAGAAGAAGAUGAAGAGCCUCGUGUUGCCACAUCUUUCGAGCGGGAGUCCAGCCCGACUUUCGCGCAGAAACACCGAUCUGGGGUGGAUGCAGAGGAUGAGGGGAUCAACCGCAUGCACAAGUUCACACUCUAUGAGACUGCGACUCGGUUUUACAUGGUUGGCAUAAACCUUUCGGAGACGCGCUUUAGGAUUCUCAAGAUUGAUCGCACCUCCGAGUCGGGCGAGUUGAGCAUCACCGAAGAUGACAUGGUCUACACGAAAAGAGAGAUGGUCCAGCUGCUGGAUGCGAUUGACGACGGGAAUAAAAGCUCUGGUGGAUUGAAGCAGAAAUGCAGCGCAUGGGCACUGCUUGGCUUUGUUUGCUUUACAGGCGCAUACUAUAUGCUCCUGGUUACCAAGAGGAGUCAAGUAGCUGUCUUAGGUGGUCACAAUGUCUACCAGAUCGAUGAAACAGAAUUGGUAUCCUUGACGCCUGCCGAGUCAUCGCGACUGAAACCGGAAAAACAGUCGGAAGAGGAGAGAUACAGGGCAAUUCUGAGUAACCUCGACCUGACUAGAUCGUUUUACUUCAGUUACUCGUAUGAUAUCACGCGCUCUCUUCAGCAUAACAUCUGUCGCGAACGAAACGCCCGUCAUGAAGAUGGACUCGGAUCCAUCUCCCGAGACUACAAUACUAUGUUCAUUUGGAAUCAUCAUCUCCUUGCACCGGCGGUCAGUGCCCUGAAGAAUCCCUACGAAUGGUGUCUUCCGAUCAUUCAUGGCUACGUGGACCAGUCCAAGAUGAGUGUCUAUGGGAGGGUGGUAUAUGUAUCGAUCAUUGCCCGUCGGUCUCGCUUUUUUGCUGGAGCGCGCUUUCUCAAGCGCGGUGCAAAUGACCUGGGCUUUGUUGCCAACGAUGUCGAGACAGAGCAAAUUGUCUCCGAACAGACCACCACGUCCUUCCACUCCGCUGGCCCUGAGCUGCAUGCAAAUUCCAAUUAUACCUCGUACAUUCAACAUCGUGGCAGCAUUCCUCUAUACUGGACGCAAGAGAACACAGGCGUGUCACCUAAACCGGCUAUCGAGUUGAAUCUUGUUGACCCAUUCUAUUCGGCUGCCGCGUUGCAUUUCGACAACUUGUUUGAGCGAUACGGAGCUCCGAUCUACAUCUUGAACCUUGUCAAAUCUAGAGAGCGCACGCCCAGAGAAUCAAAGCUCCUUCACGAGUUCACAAAUGCGGUGACCUACCUUAACCAAUUCCUACCCGAGGACAAGAAACUUAUCUACAAGGCAUGGGAUAUGAGUCGUGCAGCGAAGAGCCGCGAUCAAGACGUUAUCCAGACCUUGGAGGACAUUGCCGGUGAUAUCAUACCGAAAACGGGAUUCUUCAAGAAUGCACAAGAUGUGGAAUCCGGGCUGCGACUGCAAAAUGGUGUCGCACGGACGAAUUGUAUCGACUGCCUUGACCGAACCAAUGCCGCGCAAUUCGUCAUCGGCAAAAGAGCACUUGGGUACCAGCUGCAUGCCCUCGGAGUCAUCGAUGAAACAACAGUCGAGUACGAUACUGACGCUGUCAACCUGUUCACCAACAUGUGGCAUGAUCACGGAGACACAAUCGCCAUCCAAUACGGAGGAUCUCAUUUGGUCAAUACCAUGGCCACGUACCGUAAGAUCAACCAGUGGAGUAGUCAUUCGCGCGAUAUGGUCGAAAGCUUCAAGCGAUACUACAACAAUUCCUUCCUUGAUGCCCAGAGACAAGAAGCCUAUAAUCUUUUCCUGGGCAACUACAUUUUUGCUCAAGGUGCACCAAUGCUCUGGGACCUUGCCACCGAUUACUACCUACACCACGCCGAUCCCAGAUCCUACCUCCAGAAGAAGCGUCCGAAUUACAUCUCUUGGUACACACCUGAAUACCUGAAAGAAAGAGAAUUCCCACCUCUUCCAAUCCGGCCCAAAGAGCCUCUUUCCCACUUCGACGAUUACUGGCUUGAAUACUACCGGCCCCUGGCUGUCUCGACAAUGUCCAAAAUCUUCUCCUACAAAAUGAACUCGACCCUUCGAUACCUUCCUCCCUUCCGCCCUGGGCAUCCCGCUCCUGAUCUCAGUCCCUUCGUACCGCGUAUUCCUCCAGAUCAACUUCAACGUGACCGUCCACCGCAACGAACCGUGAGGAUUCAAGAGCCUACUGAUACAAAUUCGCAAUACUCAACCACCACACCGCCUAUUCCGGACGCUCCCGAUACUUGGAAACAUCAACCUCCAUCAUCAUCCAAGCAAGCCCCGUCCACAGGGAUCAUCAGAGAGCCCACAUUCGAAAUCAACCGAGGUUCUCAUAUCCCACCAAUCAAUCCUCCAGACACACCAACAACUCCCAGCAAAGCACAAAUUGCCCAGUGGACCUUGGGUCAGCUGGUCAGCGAUUCUUUGAACCCAUCAGUCACUUCUGCAGAGGCAGAGGAAUACGAGAGAUACAUCAAUCAUCCGCUGAAGGUUCCCCUGGUCGUCACGUCCGAGGACGAGAUGACUGCUGCAUCUCUUCGAGAACACGGUCCUAACCUCGACCUAGUGGAGUAUGUGAACAAGUGCAAUGUUGAAGAAGCUGCUCUGGAAGCUAAUGCCGAGGAGAAUAUGUCUGACUAUGCUGAGUUCUUGAAUAUCUCGGAGGACGGAUUGACUGUUGUCGGCGAAGAUUAUCAGAAGAAGCGGUACAAGCGUUAUCGGCAGUGGCUGCGUGGGAAGAGCUUGUUUAAGCAACGAGUUGAUGUAUAA